AUGAAAGCCAGAUUGAAAAAGUUUGUCAGGGUGUCAACCGGCAGUAGUGCUCCCUAUCGAUACAAGUCACUCUCUCUCGACGACUCAAUUCGCGUGCUCGAGCUCAAGCCUGCAGCCUCCCCUCAAAUCCCGAUUCACUGCAGCUUGACGGAGAUCAAAUUAUCUCCGAAGGCUCAAUAUGAAGCUUUGUCGUACGUUUGGGGCCCAGAUGAAUUUCCUGAGACCUUGAAUCUCCCCGACGGGCACCUCAAGAUCACAAAAAAUCUCGCAUCAGCAUUGAGAAGCCUCCGGAUGACCAACAGGCCGAGGAUUCUUUGGGUUGACGCCGUGUGUAUCAAUCAAUCUGACGACAUAGAGAAAGGAUCUCAAGUUGGGAGGAUGGCAAGCGUCUACAAGAACGCUUCUGGAGUCAUUGCUUGGCUAGGAGAUGAUUCAAAAGAAACCCCUGUUGCCAUG